UGUUUUCUUCUGUCUGUCUUUUCAACAAGAAACAAUUAAGUUGCUAUAGUUUUAAUUUUUAUUCUUUAUAAUUAAAUUUCUUUGCGAGCCUGUUCGCCUGGAGCUAUGUUCCUUAAAAUUCAGUGUUAAGCCUCGUUUUCACAUCCCUCGAGCCCUGUUCAUGCAAAAUCCUGAAACAACUUUAAGACUGUGCUAGUGUUUCAAAGUAAUUCAAAGGCAGAAGUCUCAUCUCUACAGUUUCAAAGAAAUUAAGCAUGGAUGAAUUUUUCGGAGGUCAUAUAACGAAAAUGGUCCCACUUGUGCGACGCCGUCUGAAGUCUAAAAUCAGAAACUCCUCAGAACUUGUAGGUUGCCCGGCACAACGAACCCAGCUAACGAAUUUGAUCACCAGAGUUGUUCAAUUCGGGGAAAGUGAUUCUGCCCUGAUUUGCGGUCCACCUGGAAGUGGUAAAACCAAGCUGGUCAGUGUUGUUUUGAAAGAACUACAAGAAAAGCAUGACUUCUUCCUUGUGAAAUUAAAUGGUCUUAUCCAUACAGACGACAACCUUGCUCUAAAAGAAAUCGUUCAAACAUUAAAUGCUGAUGAAUCUAUUGUUGAAGAAGCCUCUGGAUCUUUUGCUGGUAAUUUGACUGCAAUUUUAGAAACUUUGAUCAAUGAUUCGUCUACUGUAGAUAGGCCAAUUGUUUUUAUUCUGGAAGAAUUUCAGCUGUUCUGCUCUCACCGGAAACAGACUUUAUUAUAUACUUUGAUGGAUGCUUCGCAAUCAACUAAGGUGCCAGUGUGUGUCAUUGGCGUAACAUCUUGCUUUGAAGUAACACAGUUGCUCGAAAAGCGUGUCAAAUCAAGAUUCUCUCAUAACCAGAUAUUCUUGUAUCCGCCGAAUGAUUUCAACAACAGACUCGAGCUGUUCAAGCAUUUUGUAACGUUAGAAGAUGAAGAUGUAGAUGUAGAUAUAGGUGAUUCCAAAGAUUGUCCAAGUACUUUCAAGCAUCUUUGGCACGAGGAAGUCCAAAAAGUCAUAGACAAUCCUAAGGUCAUUGAGGUCUUGAAAAGACAGUUUGGUGUUGAUAAAAAUGAACAAGCUUUUAGGAAUACUAUGUUGAUGGUCAUUUCAGAGAUUGAUCUGGUGCAUCAUCAGUUCCUCACAGCAGACCUCAUCAUCCGGAUAUUUAAUGAUACAUUCAGAGAUUUUACAGUCUUUGCACUUAGAGGACUAUCAGUACUGGAAUUAUGUCUUGUGAUUGCGAUGAAUCACCAGACAAACCAGUAUGAUGAUGAACCGUUUAAUUUCGGAAUGGUCUAUCGCCGAUAUCAGAAAUUUACCAAUGAAUGCAGUGUCCUAGUUCAAUCAUCACGUGCGGUUCUUCUGAAAGCAUUCCAAAAAUUAAUCAACUUAGAAUUGAUAAGUCCGGUGAAUAUACAUUCUAAAGAGGUCUUGAAGGAUUUUAAUCUGUACCGUUUCAACGUAACAAAUGAACAAGUUCAAGAAGCUGUCAAGAAUUUUCCGGACCUCAUGCCUGCCAUUAAAGAGUGGGCUACUUCAGUCUGCUAGUUUCCACAUCUAUUUUUCCUUUUUUACAUGACCUGCCAAAAUUUUUUGACUAUUCAGAAUUAUUACCAUUGAUUGCUGGAGGUUAAAAGAAUUGUAAUAACUGCA